CAAAAUUUAAAACCUUCAAUACAAAUAAUAUUAUACACAACAUAUAUAUAUUUAGAUCAUAUAUACGUAUGGCUAGUAAUACGGGGGCGGCAAAUAGGAAUAAUAGUAAUAAUAUAGUGGGAAGGUUGGUGGAGCAGAAGCCGUUGGUAAUAUUCAGCAGAAGCAACUGUUGCAUGAGCCACACCAUGAAGACGCUGAUACGUAGCUUCGGCGCAAACCCUACGGUUUACGAGCUCGACGAAAUCAGGAAUGGAGGAGAGGUCGAGAGGGCACUGCAGCAGAUGGGUUGUCGACCAAGCGUUCCUGCUGUUUUCAUAGGCCAAGAGUAUGUGGGUGGUGCCAGUGAAGUUAUGAGUCUCAACCUCCAAAACAAGCUUGCCACAUUACUCAUUAGAGCUGGAGCCAUUUGGAUUUGGAAUGGAUCUGAUUAAUACUACGACAUCCAUGAUCAUCAUCAUCAUCAUCAUUGUGUACUUCUCCUUAUAAUAUACACCAGGCUUCAAAAUAAGGUAGUAGCCUGAGUGAGGGAAUACGUGUUUUCUAAUUUGCCUUUUGCCUUUGACAUCUUCAUCAUCCUCCUCUUGAAACUUUCUUCAAACACUUACGUUUCAAGAGAAAACUUGUACUUUUUGAUUGAGUUUUUAUCAUAAUUAAUGUUGUACGUUUCAAGAGGAAAUUGAUAAUUAUUUUAUCCGA